AUGGAGGGGACAGGAUGUGGCUUGCUGCUGCUGCUGCUGCUGCUGGGGCGCUGCGCUGCCAUCUACUCCCAAGGCACAGAUAUGGCUGGCGUCAUCGGGUUGAGCCAGCCCUGGCCGAUGCGGUUCACCGAAAGAAGGCGACUGUCGUCGGGUAGCUGCAUCAUGCUGACCUUGUCCCAAAAGGAGCCGCCACUUGCUGGAGGUGUCGUUGUCUCGGCAGCUGAACCCCUGCGAGGCGAGCCAGCCAGAUGGCAGAGGUUGGCGGACAGGAGUGUCAACUUCUCAAGAAUAGCCGUCAUGCAAAUAGGCAGCGAAGAAGGGAUAUCUAUGUCUGCGGGUUUGACAGACUCGCCGGGCUGCUUGAUAACACGCCCUCUGAUAUUACAGGAGAGACAUGCGUCCGUCGGAAGCUGA